CACUGUGGAAGAGAUGUAUGGGGAGGCCCCGCCCCUGCUCAAGAAGAGGAGGAGCCACCAGAAACAGUCGGGUCACCACUGGGAUACCUCAACCGACUGCGCACAGGUCCUCUGGCAAAUGCUCCGUUUAUUUCACGUCUGUGAUUAAGGAAACUACGGCUAAGAUGGGCCAGAAGGAGAUUGUUUGCAGCUGGAAGAAAAGCACCAGUAACAUCAAGGACGUGUUUGACUUCAAGGGGAAGAUGGGCUCGGGCUCAUUUUCAGAGGUUUUCAUGGUGAGAGAGAAGAAAACUGGGAAAAUGUAUGCUCUGAAAUGUCUGAAGAAAAAACAUCUCGCCCAUAGCAACCUAGAAAAUGAAAUAAAUGUGCUGAGGAGGAUAAAGCACGACAAUGUGGUGGGGCUGGAGGAUUUCUACGAGAGUCGAACACACUACUACCUGGUCAUGCAGCUGGUAUCAGGUGGGGAGCUGUUUGAUCGCAUUUUAGACAAAGGUGUUUAUACUGAGAAGGAUGCCAGCAAAGUGAUCAAACAGGUGCUGCAGGCUGUCAGCUACCUGCAUGAAAACAGCAUUGUGCAUAGGGAUCUUAAGCCUGAAAACCUGCUGUACUAUAAUACAGAUGAGAAUGCAAAGAUUAUGGUGAGUGACUUUGGUCUGUCUAAGACGCUGGAGCAUGGAGUGAUGUCUACAGCCUGUGGAACACCAGGAUAUGUUGCUCCGGAGGUUUUGGCCCAGAAACCCUACAGCAAAGCAGUGGAUUGCUGGUCAAUUGGAGUCAUCACUUAUAUUCUGCUCUGUGGCUACCCUCCAUUCUUUGAAGAAAACGAGAAGCGUUUGUUUUCAAAGAUCAUGAGAGCUGAGUACGCCUUUCAUUCGCCCUUCUGGGAUGACAUCUCCGAAUCAGCCAAAGAGUUCAUCAAGAACAUGAUGGAGAAAAACCCCACUAAACGCUUCACCACUGAACAGGCACUCAGGCACCCCUGGAUUGUUGGAGACACAGCUAGAGACCAGGACAUUUAUCAGUCUGUGUGUGAACAGUUGGAGAGAAACUUUGCCACAUCCAAAUGGAAGCAAGCCUUCAAUGCAGCCUCUGUAAUCCAGCACAUGAAGAAAAUGCAGUUGUCCCACAGCGUGCCCUCCACACCCGCCCUCCCCAUACCGAACAUCAAACCAGAGUCCUCGUCCCAGAACGACUUGGAGCCUGUGAGAAGCUGCCAAGAUCAGGCAGACCCCCUUGACCCCAAUGGAAACCCUGUCCAGUCUGCCAGUCUUCUCUCCUGGAGUGACUGUGACCUGGAGACAGGACUGUGUCCUUCACUGAGAGCCAGUCAAAGCGAACCAGGAAGUCCUCUCAGCACUGAGGAGUCCAGACAAGUUCAUACCUUCCAUUCAGAGAAUGAUGCUCUCUUUUUCCAGUCUCAGAGGCUCGAUGCAGUGGCUCCGGGGAAGGACCAGCCGCUUCAGUCUGGUGUGUGCUGCAUCAUGUGAUUUGAUGACGAGAUGCAGGCCUCUUCUUGCUGCCGUAACAGCUCUGACCCUUCAGGGCACCGACAAGAAACCUUUGGCGGUGUCCUGUGGCGCCUGGCACAUCUCCCGGGUAUUUCCUGAGUUGUUCCUGAGCAGUGUCUACAGUGUCCAGAGACCACAGCUGUCUACCAAUGCUUUAGAGGGAUGUGCUUGAUCAGCAAAAAUAUUUAGGUGGGAGGUACCAAACAAGCAAGUCUGGCUACCUGCCCACAACGUCUGGGUGCAAGCUUUGGGUAACCGUUGGGGCAGUGUCAGGUGACACGAGGUCGGGAGACUGUCACGCCCACAGUUGAGAACAAAGGUCUUAAUAUCCAGCCUUAUGCGAACACUGAUCAGAGUGCUACAUAGUGUUUCCCCAUUUUAAUAAUAAAGCAUUUUCAUUAUUCAUCAAAUAUACAUUGAUAUAAGUCAAUAUACAAAUAAAAUAAAAAGGAGUAAAAAUGA